CCGCAAACGAGCAGCAGCUCGUCUAGUUCGUCCUCCAGUGCGGUCAACAGCCACCUGGAGGACAGCUCGAAGAAAGCGAAGAGGCGCAACCGAGGGGGUGGUGGAGGUGGGGAAAAGGAUGGUAGCCACCAGAGCGGUGCUCAACAAAAGCAGGAGAGUAAUAGCAGCUAUAAACAGGACAAGGACCACUACAAUGCGACGACGUACAAGGAAAAGGACAGCAGUGGCUACAGUAGCAAACAGGAGAAGCUGCAAGAAUCUUCAGGUGCCUCGUACAGGGACCGGGAGAAGGAAUACCGGAAAAAGGACGAACACUACUACAGCAACACGAAAACACCAACGUCGACGCAGUCUGGCGGGGCGGGAAAUAGCAACCGAGCAGGUAACAAUCAGACCUCGUCUCACUGCUAUUGCCAUUUAUGGAAGUGCGAUUAAUUUGAAUUGUGUUUGGGAUGCGAUUGUCAUUGUGGGUCUGCCUGCUGCAAAACUAAAAUUUCUAUAAUCAUCUGCGAGCGUAUCGAGAACAAGUCAUGAAAUCAGCUCGAACUCACAACGUUAAUAUCAGACGCAAGCGACAGCUACCGCGACAAGCGAGAUGACGCUUCGUCGAGCAAAAACGCCGGCAGCAACACGGGUCGGAAGAAAAAAUCAAGUUAUCGAGAAAAAUAUGAGAAGGAUUACUCAUCUUCAAAGGAGUAUCGGGAGAGCAGCAAGGGCUAUGGAAGCAGCCGAACCGGGGAAGUGAAUCUCCGGGUAGAGCUUUGCUGCUUCACGCCAUCACUGUAUGAAAUAUCAUAUCUUCUGCAUGAUGUUGUUUUGACCAUCUUACAGUUGUGAUAAAAGCUACAGCUGCGGCUGCCAUACUUGCUUUCGGCCUCCAGCCGAGAGCCUGACCAUGUAGCGAAGUUGUCACUUUCCGUACGACGCUUAUCACUCCCCAGGACCCGGACUACGGCUAUCACGUCAGCGGGCGCCGCCGGUCCUCGCGAUCCGGCGCUGCGACGCCGAGCGAGGUCGGCGACCAUCCGGUGUCAUCGAGCAAAAACUACACCACCGAAGAACCUUACCACCAGAAUGGGCGACCUACUUCCACCUCCAGCUACAGAGAGCGCGGCGCAACUGGCGGUGUCCCAGCGCCGUCCUCCACCGUCACGGGCGCAAGCAGUUCCGCGUCGUCCUCCUCGAAUGCGGGCGAGAUGAACGAAGGUACGGGCAACGGGGCGACUUCCUACUCUGGGGAGGAUGACGACGGAGCCGGUCGCUACACGAGCAACAGCCACGCUGGCGGCAACAACAGGGGCGGGGAACAGGACCACCAAUAUCAUGGUGACCACCAGCAGGGGGCUUCAACACGUGGGGGCGGAUCAUCUUCUGGGGCUACAGCCACGACCUCCAAAGCGACGUACAAGAGUUUUGUCGACCAGAGUAAACAGCAAGACCAAGGCUACUACAAGAACAGCAACAAGAACUUCAAUGGAUCGGGAGAACACCACCAGCUGCAAGAGGAUCACUACAGCAAAAGCGGAAACAAGAAUUUCCUGCCCUCCCCAACGGAGAGUUCGGGGAGCAGCGCUUUCAAAGGAUCAAACUCCGGAAGCAGUUAUCCAGGAAAAAAACUGUGUGAGUGUAACUUUGUAGGAAGAACAGCAUCACAAAUUCGUUUUGCAUUACAGGGAAAACCUGUCAUGCGCAGCUAGUACGUGGAAACACAUAUGAUAGUAGCCUAUGACGCAAUUCCAGCAUGAUGAGUGUAACUGUUUUGCAUUUUCUGCAUCACAGAUUUACACUUACGCAGUUUUUUUCUUGCAUAGCAGUUCCGUGUGGACGAAUAAGAAUCACGGUGGAUCGUCUGCGGCAAGCGAAAUAGACAGCGACUACCAUAGAAGCACUUACGACGAUGGCGCGGGCUCCGGAAUACAGACAAACGAUGGUGGUUCUUACAGCGGGUUUAAUAAUCACGGUGGUGGUAGCAACAACAAUUACGGCAACGGACCUAUCAAUCUAAACAACGGGACGACCUCGGGCAGCCAACAUUUCAACGGCACCACCAGUCUCGAUCUCCCGUAUCAGCAGAACCAAAACAGCGGGAGACCGCCCAGAGGCCCCAUGGACAGAAAGCCCAGUAACGGCGGGAACGGAAAUAACAACUACGGAAGCGGCUACAACUACGAUAACGGGCGGGGGAUGGGAAAAGGUAUAAACUGACUAUUUGCAGAACUUCAACUUGCCUCUAGCUCCACUGUGGGGUUAUUGAUGUUAUUGAUGACUAACAGACACGAGGGUCGGGGCAGUGAAAAUUCUGUCACUUCGUCUCAAGUAGGAGUGAAACUCAUUCCCAUAUCUUCACAGAUGAUAUGGGCCCAGGCGGACCUGGCGUUGUCAUCACCAGUCCGGUGCCACCACCUGCAGUGUUUCCAAACACGGGCUACGGUAACGUUACAGAUUCGUCGUGUAAUGUUUCCUAUACGCUUCAUUACUUUUACUUUUUCUCUGACUCGCAUCGUAAAAUAGAAAAUAAAUCGUGUCUCCCUCGUUUCCUGAAAUUUACCACUGUACUCUCGCAUGGCUGCAACGACAUCGCAGGCCCCAAUGCUAGACACUACGACGACACGCCAAAGUCCGUUUCGUCGAAGGGAACCGGUGUGGCCCCAAACAACAACAAGGGGCGGGGGAAGUACAACAACAGUCAGCAGCAGAUGGACACAUCACUGCAAAACCAGAAGGACCAGGGAAUCAUGUACAACAGUGGAAAUAGCAAGGAGAUGUACAACAACAAUCGUUCCUACAACAACAUGAACGCCUCGAAUAAUUACGGCGGCUACUACGACAACGACUCUUCCUUCUACGACGACCGUGAUAGUUAUGGUGGCUCGACGUUCUACAACACUGGCAAAGGCGGAGGAGGUGGUGGUGGGCCAGGUGGCAACAACAACUGGGACCAGCAAUUUGGG